AUGGACGAACCAGUGGAGCCGACGGUACGACCUGAGGCAGAGGUGGUGGCGGUCCCGAACGAGGCUACGAAGGCGGAGAGAGACGCCCAUGAAGCUCUCCAGUGUCCGCAUGCAGCGCGGUGCACGGAAUGCGUCGCAGGACGUGGCCUGGACAACAAACACGAGAGGGUCAGGGAGAUCGACGCUCUUCCCGUGGCCCGAAUAGAUUAUAUGUUCGGCAAGACGCGGCACGACGAGAAGGCGCACCCAGUCAUGAACGCGAUCGACAAUGCGUAUGACGCCACGGCAUCGAUAUGGUGCGAGGCGAAAGGAGGUGGAGAUUUGUUCGUGAUAAAGAGUCUGAAGCGGCAUGUCAUCUUCCAGCGUGACCCCGCGAACGCAGCAGCAAGGGACGCAGCGGCGAAGGUGGCGACUGACUUGAAAAUGAAUUCCAGGUCCACCCCCAAGGCGAGCAAGGGCAGCAACGGCACGUUGGAGCGAUUCUACUCUUUCAUCGAGGGCACGCCGAGGACCUGGAGGAGGGCCAUCGGAAGAAAGUACGGGAUCGUGAUCGAGCCGCGGCAUCCCAUCAUGGCCUGGAUCGCGCGGCACGCCUCCUGGACGCACGAUCGGUUCCUCGUCCACCGCUCCGACUACAAGACCUCGUUCGAGCGCCAGCACGAGAGGCACUGCGACAAGAAGUUCGAGACCGCCCGGGGCUGCGGCAUCUACCUGGGGCCUUCGCUGGAGGACGACCAACGCAUCUGCGGCGCGCGACGCGGCAUCACCCUGGCGAGACCGGCCCGACGGCUGGUGGAGAGCGAGCGGCACGACAAGCAGUUGUUGCUCGCGAUGAAAGGCAUCCCUGGGGAUACCCGCCCGACCAACGCGUCGGCGCCAGUGGUCGACAGGGUCGCCGAGGCCUUGGACUUGAACCAGCCGAAGCCCACCAGGCCUCCCCGGCCCGAGGGCGCCGCGGCGCAGGAGGGGCAGGGCGCGCGCGAUGAGGAGAUGCGCUAUGACGACGCGGAGGACGGCAAUGCCUUGCCGGACACGACGUCCAAGGAGUUCACGCCAGAUUCGAAGCGCGCGGCAGUCGAGGAAGCUAAAAGCGCCGCUGGCAAGCGGGCCAGCGAGGCGCCCGCGGAAGGCGAGGCGCGCGAGAAGGAGAGGAAGGUCCAGGCGGUGAAGGUUGGCAACGUGAUGGUCGCCAACGCUAUGGGCUACCCCGAGGGCACCGAGCUCUGCGCCCCGUGCGAGCUCGACCCGAACUUCGAGCUGCUGAACGAGGCCUACUACGACGACGACAACGACGACGGCGAGCAGCUCGACAUGGACCAGGUCCGCGAGGGCAUCGAGCGAGAGGCGAAGUUCAUGGAGUCGCUCGACAUCGGCGAGGUGGUCGAGCGCCCACACGGCAAGAAGGUCUGGGGCACGCGAUGGUGCCACUGCAAGAAGGGCGACGGCGUUAGGAGCAGGUUCGUCCUGAAGCAGUUUAAGGAUGCGCAGGCAGGCGACUUCCUCGCUUGCGCCCUCCUCACGGAGGCCGCGCCUGCGCCGAUGGCGGCGGCGACGAUGCUCGAGCACAGCAUUGCGACGACGGACUCCAGCGUGACUUUCACGCACACGCCAGUGAAGGAGGACGCCGAGAUCUAUGCGGGGAUGACGCCUGCGUACGGGAUGGGUUACGGCUUCGUGUGGAAGCUGAGCAAGUCUCUCUACGGGCUCAGGGAGGCGGCGCUCAGGGAGAAGGGCAUCAGGGUCGUUGUCCACACAGACGACCCCCUUGCCCCGGGCCCGACGCAGGGCGUGCACGACGAGUUCUUCGACGAGCUGGCCAAGCAUUAUGCGAUCCAGGGGCGGCGCGUUCCAGGCGAGGACCCCGUGAUCAACUUCGGUUCGUCGUUGCAGCAGUUCGGGGGCGUGGUCGUGGAGAAGAGCAAGCCUGUCUACGUGGAGAGCAUUGUCAAGGCCGCGGGGACGCCGUGCUGCAAGACGGCGGGCACUGCGGGGGCGAGGCCAGACCUCGCACAGCCUGGAGCCGAGCAGCUGCUCAAGAGCGAGGAGCACGCGCUGUGCCAGGGGUGCCGCGGGACGAUCCAGUUCGCCACCCCUCGGAGGCUGGACGCGACGCACCCGCUGAAGGAGCCGGGCAGGCGGCUGAGCGAACCACGCUCGGCCGACAUGAAGUGCCUGAAGCACCUCCGCUACCUCAGCGGGACGAUCGACCUGGCGAUGGUUCAUUGCUCUUCGCGAGACUGGAAGCGUCUGCGAGGGAGCACGGACUCGGACUGGACUGGAUGUCCGGAGACACAGAAGUCGACGGCUUGCGGGAUCGUGCGAUGGCGCAGCGCGGCCGCGAGUGCCUACGCGCGCACGGAGUCGGUCUUGGCCCAGUCGAGCCCUGAGGCCGAGUACCAGGCGGCGGUGGAGCUGGCGGCGGAGAUGCUGUACGUCCGCGAGCUCGUCAGGUUCAUGGGCUUCGAGACGUCCCGGGAGAUCGAGCGCGACGCCUCCUCUGCCAUCGCGAUCGCCUCGCGACGAGGUCUCGGCAAGCUGGGCCACCUGGAAGUCGAAUGGCGUCGGCCCCAGCAGCUCGUCGGAACGGGGCAGAUCAAGAUCCCGAAGGCGAAGGGCACGGAGAACCGACCCGACGUCGGCGCGACGUUCCUGGGCAAGGCUGCGCUGGAGAAGUGCCGUUCUAUGCUGGGCAUGACGCCCGUUGGGAUGUAUGGCGCUGGGACUGCGGCGGCCCUGACGGCGACAGGGGGGGCACGAUACAUGGCAGCGUUCAUGGCGAUGGUGAACGCGGCAAGAGCCGAGACCGCGACCACGGCAACUACGACGGCCACUACGACUGCACCGGAGGUGCACGUGAUGAUUGCCCCGGUCGGGUCGGGGUUCUGCAUGCUGACGGG